UCAUCGAACUAAGGCUCAAUCAAGUGUAGUAAUUAAGGUUUUCCUACGUUGCGCGGAGUGAAGGCUUCACCGGAGCAGAUAUGUUAACUAAAUUUCGCUUCUUGUUGCCAUUAUUAUUAUUAUUAUUAUUAUUAUUUAGUAUAUAAGCUUUUCUUUUUUAUAACAAAUAUUGAGAAAAUUGGAUCAAUUACUAUCAUUAAUGUUUAAUGUAAUUUGGAUUCUAUGUAUAUUUAGUAUACUUCUCAAUUAUUUUUAUAUUUAAUCAAAUAAAAUUGAAUAAUGCUCGGCCUUAAUCUUACACGCUAAUUUUUGUAGUUUAAAUACUUAAAUUAACAAAAAGAAUAGCUCAUACACUAACAACAAAAAUUAAGAAGUAGGGGGAUUCUAUGUGCAAUUUAUCCUAAUAAUUAUCAAAUGUUUUAAGCUAAGUAUUCUACCGAAACAAACAGGGCCUAAACCUUUUUUUUUUCUUUCCCUCCAGAACCCUGAAAGCUUCUGAUUCCUUUGAAUGCUAUAAUAAUAAUCUAUGCACUUCCCUCCUUCUAAUGGCUAGGGUUUCUUUCCGAUUGUUAGUCAUGUCUAAAACAUAAAAGAUAACAUUAUCAACUGACUCGAUCUUCAUUAACUAAUUGCAACUGCUAUUUCACUUCAAUAUCAUUUAUAUUAUUCAGAAAGUUAGGGUUUCGACUUCGAUUAUCAAUUACCUGGACAUAGAGAGAAAUAUAAACUAUCUGCGUCAUGGAGAACUCUAAAGAAGAAGAUGCAUCGAUAGUGUUUCUCGAUCGAGCCUCCCGUCAAACCAGAGGAAAACGGAUGAACAAGUUGCUUGAUGAGGAAAUUGAAGAGGAUGAGUUGUUUUGGAGUCAGGAUGCUCUUAAAGAGGAAGAGAAUGAUAAUAAUUAUGAAGCAGAACAGGAGGUUGCUGAUGAGUUUGAUAGCGAUUUUGAUGAUGAUGAGUCUGAACCAGAUGAAGAAGCUGAGGAUGUUCCCAGUGAAAGGAAACAAACAAAGAAACGGCUUAUUUAUCCUGGAAAGCCUCCGACAAAGAAGAAAAAGAAAAAGAAAGUUCUGUCGAAAUUAGAUAGGCCUUCUAAAGAUGAAAAAACAGCAGAAGAGUCUAGUGCCCCAGAACAUCGUGAUGUCUCUGAUGAUGUUGAAGGCGAGAGAAUAGUGAGGAAAUCUACAAGAACAUCAGUCAUUGUUAAGCAAGCUGAGAGAGAUGCAAUACGUGCAGCUCUGCAGGCAACAAUGAAGCCAAUAAAAAGGAAAAAGGAAGGUGAAGAGAAGAGGAUGACACAAGAAGAAAUGCUUCUUGAAGCAGCUCAAACAGAAAUCAUGAACUUGAGAAACUUAGAGCGUGUUUUGGCUAGGGAAGAAGAAGUUAAGAAAAGAGCAAUAGUGCACAAAGCUGUCUACAAUGGCCCGCAGAUAAGAUAUUUCUCUAAAGAUGGUUGUUCGUACCUAGAAUUCAAAGGAGUGUCAUUUCGGUCAGAAAUUUCAGUGGCAUCUGUUCCAUAUCCAGAGAAGGCUGUGUGUGCUAUAACAGGCUUGCCUGCCAAGUAUCGCGACCCAAAGACAGGGUUAGCUUAUGCAACAAAAGAAGCUUUUAAAAUUAUUCGUAAGCGGUUUGUGGAAGAAAAUACUGUCAUAAAGGAGAUGGACAUGGGAGCUCUGUCUGAUUCACUCAAUGGGAAAGGGUUCAUGGGCAGAAGGAAGCGAAUGUCAAGUUCAAACAGAAGAAAGAUGCCAAAUUUAUUAUACUUGUCUCAGUUUGGCAAGGCUCCUACUAUAGAAAUAGACUCUUCAGAAUAGGACAUGAAGGUGUAUAGCCUGGCCUUUUACAUCACCAGCAGAGAAAAAGCAGAGUGUUCAUUGGUAAAUUUGAACGUUAUACGAAUCUUGAUGAGCUGAGGGAUGAAAGGUGAGGCCUGUCCAAUUUUAGUUGUUGAGGAAUGGAGAGGAGAGUGAAUUCCCAUUCCAGUGAGGAGCUUCGCGUAGUGGCUGCAGUUCUCUUUGGUAUAUAUGUAGCUGAAUUUUGUUGUAAAUAACAAAGAAUCUUGUUAAUUUACUCUGCACCAUCAAAGUUAAUUUGAAAUGUUUUAGUUCUAA